AUGGCCACUAAGAGCAGCGAGAAGGAGUCCCAAAAUAUAGCCCAAGGAGAACACAGCAAAGCCCGAAAAAGUGAGAAAGGAGACAAGAAGGAGACUGAUAAACAAGACAGCAAGAAAUCCAAGACUGAUGGCAGAAAGAAGGAUACUGAGAAACCAGACUGGAAAAAGGAACAGCACAAACCCGUGUCAAGCCGCACCCCAGUGAGGCUGCCACAGCCCUUAGCACGACGAGCCCCCGACACAGCACCGACUCCGCUCUGUGCAGCCAGCAGCAAAGCACCGGCAAUGAUAGCGAAGAAGGCCCAGCCACUUACACCGCCACCAGCCAAGCCCAUCGAGUCGAAAGCGAUGCCAAUCCAGCCGAAAGGAAGUGGACCAAGGGUGCCUGAAACACCAUCAGCAGCUUUACUCCCCAAAGCACCAACUCCAGGGUCACAGCGCCCGCCAGAGCCAGAGCACCCACCACGCCAUACCCCACCCCACAGCAGGCAGGAGAACCCACGCCAGCAAGACUGCCCACAUCCUCCAGGCCCACCCCAAGCCAAAGAAAGGGAGACGGCGCAGCAUGCGUUUCAACCCCCAGCGCAGCAGCAGAGGCAGCAAGCGAGGGUUGAGCAGCAGGGACAGCAGAACCUGGACCUGGAGCAGCAGAGGCAGCAAGCCAUGAUGAUGGAACAAGCAAAGCAGCAACAAGCGGCGAGGGUUGAGCAGCAGCGAAAGCAGGAGCUGGAGCAGCAGAGGCAGCAAGCCAUGAUGAUGGAACAAGCGAGGCAGCAACAAGCGAAGGUUGAGCAGCAGCGACAGGAGCUGGAGCAGCAGAGACAGCAAGCCAUGAUGAUGGAACAAGCGAGGCAGCAACAAGCGAAGGUUGAGCAGCAGCGACAGGAGCUUGAGCAGCAAAGGCAGCAAGUCGUGAUGAUGGAACAAGCGAGGCAGCAACAAGCGAAGGUUGAGCAGCAGCGACAGGAGCUUGAGCAGCAAAGGCAGCAAGCCAUGAUGAUGGAACAAGCGAGGCAGCAACAAGCGAAGGUUGAGCAGGAGCUUGAGCAGCAAAGGCAGCAAGCCAUGAUGACGGAACAAGCGAGGCAGCAACACAUCAUGCAGCAACAAAUGAUGCAGCAGCACCAGUUCCAGCAGAAUUGGCUACAAUGCCAAGCAGCAUUAGCAGCCCAGCAACUCAUGCAAGCAUGGCAGCAGCCCCAGCAAGCCGAAGGACCAGCAGAAGACAAAGCUGAGAAGGAGACAGACAGCAACAAUAAGGCCACACAGAAGCGAGAGAUGAACACGUGUCAGGAGGAGGAGAAACCUGGAAGUAAGCCUGGGCCGUCGAGGCCAAAUCAGACAGAAGACACAGGUCAGGAUGACAAUGAGGAGGAUGAAGAAUAUGCCUGGGACUCGCACGAUGAAGAGAAAAGCCACAAGCAGAAAGGGUAUAAGGGCAAAGGCAAGAAGGGCAAGGGCAAGCAGUGGAACUAUGGCUACUACAGUGGGUCCCAGUUCAACCGAGAGACGAAGCGCAUGGGGCUCUUGGUGAAGCUCGAGGCAUCGGAGCGGGAGUGCAAGAAGCUCAGAAAGGAGAGAAGCGGGGAGGGUUCAGGGAUUCGGUUGGUGAUAGGCUAUGAGCUGAAAGAGAAGGACAAGGAGCUGGCGGAGCAAAAGAAACUGCUGGCAGCACUGAGGGGGCCAUGA